AGAAAGUCUGACUUGGUCGUGCACGGCUAACGAUCAAUCAAGACGGUGCGAAUAAGUGUCGAAAGGAACCACGACUUCGCCCAAUUAUUCUUAGACUCGAGAGGCCCAGUGUUUCUUGCUGCUAUUGACUGAUCUGCGGCAGGACAACUUUUGCAGAUGCGUACCACCUCGCGGACUCGGAUAGAUUGAUCGAAAAGCCGUGGGAUGAAGAUCUGCGCGUAUAAAAAGAUUCAAUGCCGCUGUGCAAUGCUACACUCUACCGUAAACGAGGGCUGGGACUAUGGUACAGCAGAUACCAUCCCGACGUUCAAGUCCAUGCCAGUCUCCUCUGGCGCGAGGGGCAUCGCGAUAAUGACCGCUACACGCAAUCCGCGUCCUAACGCGUCCGGUGCUGAUGCCGAUGUGAUGUGCAUGUCCUGCAGAAGCUUUGAGGCGUACAGAGAUGCGUCGCUCGAGGAACUGCUGAUGGGGUGCCGUUUUGGUGGUGACGUCCAGGCCGCGAGAGACAUGGACGACGAUAGUGCUUUGAAGCUGGGAGACCCGGGUGACCGGAUGACGGUACUCGGUGUCACCUGCACAGCGAGAGGCUGGAUGCUAUGCCAUGUUUGGCCUGUUGCGCUCCCGUCUUCCAGUUCAGCUGCCAGCUGCAAGUCGUGCAGGACGGGCUUCUCCUUCUCCGCUUUCUCCGAUGGUGUGAGCUGUCGCGGAGGCUCCGGGCAGUACCGCCGAUAGAGAGCUAUGAAACCGACUACGAGGAAGAAGAAGAACACGAUUCCGACCAGACUACCGGUGCGAAGUCAAUAAAGCGACCGGAUCGUGCACAGAGCGAGAGAGAGAUAGGCGCACAGGAGAGCUUUACUCGAGCUAGAUUCCGGCGAUCCAGAGGAAGUGGGUGAAUCAGACACGGCCGUGGAUGAGGGGUUGGAGACAUUGCUGGACAUCGAAGGACGGACGGGCCACUGAGACUGAAGAUUCCCUGUAGGAUCAGAAAGAUGGGCAUGUAGAUGCGGUACGACGAGACAGUUUCAACUUUUGUUCGUUGAUUGCCAGAUGGAGGGAGCGGUCUGCGGCAGACAAAGAGGAGUGUGGUGCAGAGAACGUCGUACCAGCUGUGCUCGAGCCACAGAAUGCAAUUGGCAUAUAAACGGUCCAUUAGCCGAGGAGGGACCCGUUUGGCAGCGAGCAGCUCACACUCGCGUGACAUUCUGUAUGAAACUGGCCCACGGGACCCGGACUUUGGAAGUCUUGAUGACAUCUAUCCCAGAGGAGCGGAAGCCGAUCGCGAGGAGAUCAUCCCUCGAGCUUCUUUGAGGCCCGUAUCAACGCAUGUCGUAUCCAGAAUUGUGUGAGCGUGGGAUAUGUCCAAGGAAAAAUCGAUGGAUCCUGGCGUCGAGCUCUCUGUGGAUCGCCAUCUGAAUUCAAGAAGAUAUUCCCCAGGCAUGUUCGGAGCGGAAGGUAUGCACGUGACUGCAGAAGACAUCCACGUGACUGGCGAAGCAUUCCGGCCUCUCAGCAUUUGAGCGGACGUGCUCAGAGCAAGAUAUAGCAUUAUGUAUUUUUAGUAUUACAGGAAAGAUCCGAGUAAGUGAC